GCAAAAAUAUAAAACUAACUCGAUUGCCCAAAGACCGGAGGUCACUUGCCGUUUGUGUUGCAAUUGCACGCGAGAUCGUUCCACGCCCGUGCGCGCGAUCAACGUUCGCGUCUCGGCCGCCGGAAAAGCCGAGAUCCGAAAAAAGAAGAUUCAUUUCCCGACGUUUCUGCCGGGAUUCGAGCUGUCUCUACAUCCGCGUUCCUACGGCCCGCUUAAAUAUCACGCUUGACGAAAUUUCCAAGACGAGAUAAAAGAACGGCCGAUAACGGCAGAAACGUGCCGGCCGAUUAUCGCUGGUCUCGUGUCUCGCCAUUCGACCGGGACUCGGCCCCGUUUUGCUCUCGCCGCAAGUUGUAUCGCGCGCGCGGUCCCGAGGCUCGAGGAGUGAGAAAAGAGGUUAGGUGGCCUCUCGUGCACCGUCUCGCACGGCGAUCGCGGCAGCGAAAAGCGACGGAGGGAAAAAUGGCACUGUUGAUCGCCCAGGUCGGCAGACACGCGGUGAAGACGCUCGUCUCGCACGGCGACCUUCUCGGUACGGUCGCGAGGUCGAGGAUACCUAUCGCCAUGGCGCGAUCCAUAGCCACGACUCAGUGGCUGAGAGACGAACGAUGGUACACCGAGAAGCACGAAUGGAUAACGCUGCACGGGAAAAUCGGCACAGUCGGUAUAUCAGACUACGCACAGGAUGCACUUGGGGAUGUGGUGUACGCGCAGCUUCCCGACGUAGGAUCCAUAAUUAAGAAAGAUGAGGAAUGCGGAGCCUUAGAAUCGGUGAAGGCAGCUUCGGAACUGAUAAGCCCGGUCAGCGGGAAAGUUACGGAGAAAAAUGAGGCUGUUGAAAGUAAACCUGGAUUAAUUAAUAAAUCUUGUUACAAAGAUGGUUGGCUAUUUAAAGUAGAGUUGAGUGACCCAGAUGAGCUCAAGAAUCUAAUGAAUGAAGAAGCUUAUAAUACGUUUUUGAAAACGGAUGCUCAUUAAGAUUGUAUACUAGAAAUAAAUUUCUCCAAUGUAGAACUUGAAUCAAUUAUAAUAUCAAGAAGUUUUCUAUUUGAAAAUACUAUUCGAGAUUUCAGUGGUUUUGUAGAAAUACAUGUGGAGGACAUUUUACUUUAA